AUGAGAAAUCACACUCAGAGCGCGCCCGCGCGCACCAUCACCAGUCUAAGACGCUGGUCCAUCACCAACAAAGAACUACCAGCAGUACCGCAGGUCAGGUCUAUUCACGUAUACGACUUCGACAACACAUUAUUUCUAAGCCCACUUCCGAAUCCGCAACUCUGGAACGGUCCGACGAUCGGGUUCCUUCAGGCUUAUGAGAGCUUCGCGAACGGCGGUUGGUGGCAUGACCCGAACCUCCUGUCGGCUACCGGAGAAGGGAUCGAGAAGGAGGAACCGCGCGCUUGGGAGGGGUGGUGGAACGAACAGAUUGUGCAACUCGUGAAAUUGAGCAUGGAGCAGAAAGACGCCUUGACGGUGCUUCUAACGGGUCGCAGUGAAAGUGGAUUCUCGGAGAUCAUCAAACGAAUGGUGAGCAGCAAGAAGCUGGAGUUUGAUUUGAUAUGCCUCAAGCCGGAAGUUGGCCCGAGGAAUCAGCGCUUCGCAACCACGAUGGAAUUCAAGCAGACCUUCCUGGAAGACCUUAUCCUCACUUACGAGCAGGCUGAAGAUCUUCGCAUCUAUGAGGAUCGCCCGAAGCAUGCCAAAGGCUUCCGGGACUACUUCGAGCAGCUGAAUCGCAAGCUCCAGCCUGCGCAGGGCCCCAGCCCGAGAAAGCCGAUCACCUCGGAAGUAAUCCAGGUCGCCGAAGGAUCCAUGUAUCUUGACCCCGUCUGGGAAGCCGCCGAAGUGCAGCGCAUGAUCAACUCUCACAACCUCACCACCCGCAACCCGUCACUAAACAAGGCCAAGUCGCCGUACGGUCGACUGCGCAUCAAGCGCACCAUCUUCUACACGGGCUACCUGAUCUCGAACGCCGACUCGAGCCGGUUGAUCCGCGAAGUACUAACCCCCAUGCUCCCCUACGGGCUCGCGGACUCCAACGACCUGAAGUAUAUGGCCAACAGCAUCCUGAUCACGCCCCGCCCCGCCCCGCGGUCGAUCCUGGACAAGGUCGGGGGCAUCGGCAAGAAGCUGAGCUGGCAGAUCACGGGCACGGCCUGCUUCGAGAACCGGGUCUGGGCCGCGCGCAUGGCGCCCGUCCCCGCCACCGAGAAGUACUACACGGAGAACCCGCAGCCCGUCGUGGUGCUGGCGGUGCGCAAGGGCGCGCGCCCCAUCGACGCCGGCAAGAUCCAGAACUGGCACCCCGUCCCCGCCGACAAGGCCCUCACCGUCGAGACCGUCGUCGGCGAGAAGGUGGUCCUGCGCGUCGAGGAGGAGAACCCCAACGAGGGCGAGUGGGAGAGCCAGUUCCUCAACAAGAAUAACAAAAGACGGCACCAGCAGGAACGCAACGAGGAGAUCCUCUAUCCGCCGCACGCGGAGCAGCAGCAGCCCGCAACGUAUGAUGGCGCCGCUGCUUCUGCAUCCCACCACCACCACCACCACCACCACCCCCACGGAAGACAGCCGCACCCAAAUACCAUACGCAACGGAGGGAAUCGCCAUCACCAUGAUGACAGUGGACCCUCGCGUCGCGGGAACGCAUUCCGCGGCCGCGGCCGCGGCGGUGCGGCAGGGCGAGGCAGGGGCGGCGGCGGCCACCAUCAGAACCGCGGCGGCAACCGUGGUGGUGGCGGCGGUGGUGGUCGAGGCCGUGGUGGUGGUGGUGGUGGCGGUAGCGGAGGCCGUGACAAUGGUCCGCCGGGGUACCGGUCCCUAGACGAUUACGGCGGUGGGUAUGAAGGGAAUAAUUAUGAGGAAAAGCCCGGACCAGGCGGUGGGCCGCCGGUGAUGAACUACUAA